AUGAGUUUUCAAAGGAUUGGAAUAAAUGAAAAUAAAAACAAUGAUAAUACAUGUUCUAUCUCUAAGAAGGAUAAAAAAGAAGCAAAAGCCGAGAGUUCUAUGUUAUAGUUCUUGCAAAAAAAUAUGGCCAAAAAUAAGGGUACAUUUUUAAAUACUUAUUAUUAAAAGGUUUAUAUGAAGACUCAUUAACGAUAAAUGGCAUAGAAUAAUUUGAAAAUUAUAAAAAGAUGGUUAAACUUGAAUAGAGAAGAGAAUCAACCAUUGUCAUAUCAAGAAUCUUAUUUAAAGGAUCUUUGAGAUAAAGGUUUGAAAGACUUACUAGUAUCAAUACUAUACCAUAAUUGAUGAUAAUUCCUAAAUACUAAUUAUUUUGUAAGAUGUUCAUUAAUUUAAAUACCAUUUUAUUCAAUUAAACUUUAGCAUUUUAAGAAAUAGUUAUUUAAUUUAAAUAGGAUUAUUAAAUAGAAUUUAAGGUAUAAUUCUUACAGCAAUUCUUAUCAAUUUGGAAUGAUGUUUUUCAUUUAAAUUGGAAAUAAUAUGAAAAUAAUAAACUUAGUUUAGAAGUAGCCAUUACACAUUAAUAGUUUUAAUCAAAUGAUGAUAAAAUUCAAAUAUUUUAAUAGAAAUUAUUGAAUUAUCUUUAAACUAAAGGAGAAUAUAUAGAAUUAUAUCCAUUACCAAAGAUGGAAGAUAUGUAUCAAGAAUAUAAAUGUUAAUAUUAAGAAUCAAAAAUUACACAUAUUAUAAUAAAAGAUAAAUAACAUUUAUAAAAUAAUAACAAUUAAUAAGAUAAUAAUCAAUUAAAAUAUAUUGCAAUUGAAUUAUAAUAGUAUUUUAAUAUCAGAGAUGUGUCCAAUAUGUAUUUGAUCAAUGUUGAAAAAUAUUUAAUUAAAAAAUAAUAUGAUUUGAAUUAAAAUAAUGGAAUUAUGAAAAUUAUUAACGAUCUAAUAAUUAAAUAUCCUGAAUGGAUAACAUUGAUUUAAGGAUAAAAUGAUUAAAUAAUUAGAAUCAAUAGAUCUAUUGAUAUAAAAUAAUUAAUGAUAGAAUAUGAAUGCUUAGAUUGCAAUUGA